AUGUCAACCACAAACGGCUCCCACGGCAACAGUGGUUCCAACAAGCACCGUCGCGAGGACGAUACGCUCCCCUUGUCUCUGAAUGAGGCUACGAAUGCUUAUGAUCGGGCCUGGAUCGUCAGACUGCUGCAUGAACUUCAUGAACGCUUUGAGAAACUGGGCCAGGAAGAGCUAGGGUGCCGCAAGUGGAUGAAUGACCGUAAGAGAUGGAUAGAAGACGGUUCCAAGUGGGAAGCAGACCGCGAUAAGCUGGAAGAAGAGAAGAAUUGGUGGAUGAGCGGCCGAGCAGACGAAUAUAAGGAGAACGAGCGAGCGCACGAAUGUCUUUGGGCAGCGUACGGGUUCAUUCAUGAGAACCACGUACCUUCCGAGAUCCCCAAAAACCUCCUGCUGCGUUGGCCUGAUCAAGACUUCGACGACGAAGAGAGCCACCAUGGAUACUGGGGCAUUUAUAACAGCAUGGAAAGAGCCAUGCCCUGUCCAGGCUGGAAACUGAUCGAGAAGUUCUUGCCAGAAAUCGAACUCCGCUGCAGAAGCAACAUACCCGCCGCCAAGGAGAGCGCUCCAACUAACGACAGUGACAAGAAAGCGGAGACAACUUCCCCCUCUUCCGACUCAGGAGUUUGGACUUUCCACUCCUGGGGAAGAUGCAACGACGCUUGGAUGCUCCUGUCGUAUAUGGCUGAGCACACGUCCCACGCAGGUUGCGUCGACGAAUGGAAGGCGGCUCAUGACGGCGAGCACAAGACGGAUGCCUACGAGCGUCUUGACCAGACAAUGUUCCAGGCCCUGAACUGGGGUAACGAGCACCGCGAUAAGAACAACCCAUACAACUUUUUCGAGGAUAUGUAUUUGCUGUCUAGUGUUGCGUCGAGUUGGAGGCACGAUGGCGUGAAGGAUUUCUGCCCGCGAACGCGCAAGGCUCUUUGUGACUUGGAUUAUGAUGAAUAUGACUGGGAGGAAAUGGAGGAAUUGGAGAUGAUGUCAGUAAGUCCCGACGAGAUGAUGGUCAAACAAGAGGAGGCUGAAUAGGUGGGGCAUGGUAUGUUUCAUCUGUGCUCGAAUCCUGAGUACUGAUACCGAGGGAGUUGUUUCGAUAAAGAAGGGGAACAGAAGGACUAAAUUGAAAACCGCUGGAUGGUAUGGCUAGUAUCAAAAAGUGAUUGAAAUUGUGUUCAUGGGCUGGAGUUCAGGCUUUCGUAGGAGUAAAUUGACACUAUAAGAUAGUUUUACCUUUUU